AUGGAUAUUUCAGUGUUGCUCAAUUUCCUCCAAGACAAUCCAGAUACUCUUAUUCCUUCUCCAUGGCAACAAUUUCUUGAUGUUGAGACUGGGAUAGUUUUCUACAAGCACAACGAAAAUGGAUUCUUAAUAUAUGAUUUUAGGCCAUUGGUCAAUAUUCGAAGAGGAAUCUUCUGGGACAACUCUUUGUGGUCCGCGUCUAUAGAUUGUUCUGAUACUCCACAAACGAUAACAAAUUUUCAAAAUUCAUAUGGUCUCUCAAGGGUUUAUCUUUUUCGCAUUACUUGUUGUGCUGACAUCACUAUUCAUUGUAUCGUGGACCAACCAGUGUUUCAAUGUAUGUUAUGUCGUUGUAUAGUUGGGCAACUUCCAUGA